GGCUUUUCAGAGCCUCGCCACAAGCCGGCGGCCAGAGUCCCACACCGCGCCGACCGUGCGCUCCUCCGCCCUCCCUGCGCCGCCGGCCUCGUCCAUGUCUCAGUACGCCCCCAGCUCGGACUUCAAGAGGGCUUUGGACAGCAGUCCCGAGGCCAACACUGAGGAUGACAAGACCGAGGAGGAUGUGCCCACGCCCAAGAGCUACCUGUGGCUCGCCGUCGUCUCGUGUUUUUGCCCCGCGUACCCCAUCAACAUCGUGGCUUUCGUCUUCUCCAUCAUGUCUAUGAACAGCUACAACGAUGGAGAUAUUGAAGGAUCCAGGCGGCUUGGGAGGAAUGCCAAGUGGGUGGCCAUUGCCUCCAUCAUUAUUGGCCUUCUCAUCAUCGGCAUUACUUGCGCUGUUCACUUCGCAAGGAAUGCCUGAGCAGCCAGCAGUCAGCCGCGAGCAUGGAGGAUGGACCUCAUCCCACCCCAAAGGAGUUUCUGAGGAAUCGAUCCUUGACUUCAGACUGUGAGAUCUUUUCCUCCAGAACUCUCCAGAGGCAGGUCCCUGGCAAAUGAACUAAAAAAAAGUCCAAAAUUUAGGAAAACCGAGCAGCACAGCCAGAUCAGCCAGAGUCAUUGAUUUUUUUAAAAAAAAGAAAAAAUCAAGUCUCAUUGUUUCAGUUUAGCAAAAGCCACUGUGUCCAUUCCUCUUCUCCAGAGAUCAGCCUCAGGAAAUCUCCUUACUUUUAAUGGGGGGUGGGGGGCUCCAGAUUUGGGGGGAGAGGGAUGUUCCA